UCAGCUCGUUCGUUCCAUGUUUUCCCCCAAAUUAAUUUUUGAAGUCUUUUGCCCAAAUUAAAACCCUAAUUUCAGCUCUGCCGUUCCGCCAAAAUCACUCCAAUUUCUUCACAACAAGGUGAGUAACGAUCCUCCACAAUCCACAAAUCUGAUCGAAAUCCCCAUCCUUACGUCUCUCCAUGUCAGUUUGAAUUCCUAACUGCCCGCAAUUGAGGGACGAAUGGAUCGGCUCUCAGUUGUUUUGAAUGACAUGUAAGCUUGAUUUCGUGUUUCUGAGGAUUUUUGGGGUUGAAAGCUGACGAUUUUCCUGCAAAUGAGGAACAGAAGUAUCAAGGGGGUAUUAUGAAUUUUUCUGAAUUUUUCCGAGGCGGCUCCUCUCAUAUCUUGCAGAAUAGAAUGCUGUUCUUGUGAUGGGAUGGUGGGGGAAAAGGAAUGGAUGGUGACUGAGACAAGUCUGGACUUGUCGUGGUUUCUGUUUUGCCAGGCUUUGUGAACUGAUUCACAAGUUGAGAUGCUUGAGGGGACGACUGGGACGGGUUCUGGCACGGGAAUGGACUCGUUGGGUCUUAAGCGGUCGCUGAGGAGGAAACCGAGCCUGAGAAACUACGAUGAGAACUUAAUGGACGAUUUCAUAGAGUCUCACUUGGGCGGUGCUUCAAAGAAGAGGUUUAGAACGAGAGAGGAUCUGGAGAAAGAGACUGAAACCGAGGCCAUGAUAGCCCUUUCUGUCGGUUUCCCGAUCGAUGCUCUGCUUGAGGAGGAGAUUCAAGCUGGGGUGGUAAAACAGUUGGGUGGGAAAGAGCAGAAUGACUAUAUAGUCGUGAGGAAUCACAUAUUAGCUAGGUGGAGGAACAAUGCGAGGAUGUGGCUCUCCAAAGGACAGAUAAGGGAGACUGUCAGCAGCCACUAUGAGCAUCUUAUUUCUGCUGCUUAUGAUUUUCUCCUCCAUAAUGGGUACAUAAAUUUUGGGAUUUUGCCUCCGUUCAUGACUCGGUCCCCUGAGGAGACUUUAGAAGGGUCUGUCAUUGUCAUUGGGGCUGGACUUGCAGGGCUCGCAGCAGCACGGCAGCUCCUGUCAUUCGGUCUCAAGGUGGUUGUUCUAGAAGGUCGUAACCGUCCUGGAGGCAGAGUUUACACCCAAAAGAUGGGUAAGAAAGGGGAAUUUGCAGCUGUGGAUCUAGGAGGCAGUGUCAUCACAGGGAUUCAUGCGAACCCUCUUGGAGUCCUUGCAAGGCAACUCUCUGUUCCUCUCCAUAAAGUAAGGGACAAGUGCCCCUUGUAUAAACCAGAUGGAACACCAGUGGAUAAGGAAAUUGACUCGCGGGUUGAGUUUAUAUUCAACAAGUUGCUUGACAAAGUCAUGGAACUGCGACAAAUAAAUGGUGGGUUUAUGAGUAAUAUCUCUCUUGGGUCUGUUCUGGAGACUCUGAGGCGAUUAUAUAAUGCGGCAAGGACCAGGGAGGAGAAGCAGCUCCUAAAUUGGCAUCUCGCUAACUUGGAGUAUGCCAAUGCUGGCUGCCUCUUGAAUUUAUCUGCUGCGUACUGGGACCAGGAUGAUCCUUAUGAGAUGGGUGGGGACCACUGCUUUCUUGCUGGAGGGAACUGGAGAUUAGUUAAGGCUCUCUGUGAGGGAACUCCAAUUUUCUAUGGAAAGACUGUCAAUACAAUUAGAUACGGAAAUGGAGGUGUGGAGGUUAUAUCUGGGGAUCAAGUGUUCCGAGCCAAGUUCGCCCUCUGUACAGUGCCUCUUGGUGUUUUAAAGAAGAGGACUGUCAAAUUCGAGCCCGAGUUGCCACGGAGGAAACGUGCUGCCAUUGAAAGCUUGGGAUAUGGGCUGCUGAACAAAGUUGCUAUGGUGUUCCCUCAUGUCUUUUGGGGGGACGAUUUGGACACAUUUGGAUGUCUUAGUGACGAGAGUAGUAAACGUGGAGAGUUCUUCUUGUUUUACAGCUACCACACAGUCUCAGGGGGUGCAGUACUUAUUGCUCUUGUGGCUGGAGAGGCUGCAGUAGCCUUUGAAAGUACUAAUCCCUCCACUAUACAACAGCGUGUCUUAGGCAUUCUCAGAGGGAUAUACAAUCCGAAAGGCAUUGAAGUUCCUGACCCCAUACAAACGAUAUGUACGAGAUGGGGAAGUGAUCCGCUUUCCUAUGGCUCAUACUCUCAUGUUAGAGUACACUCAUCAGGCAGCGACUAUGAUGUUCUGGCAGAAAGUGUUCAAAACCGACUGUUUUUUGCAGGAGAGGCCACAAACAGGAAAUAUCCAGCAAGUAUGCACGGUGCUUACUUGAGCGGUCUAAGGGAGGCUUCUCGCAUACUUCGUGCUGCGAGGGGUUUGCAUACUGGCAAUAACAACAGUUCAAGGAGGUACACGCAAGGGAUGGCUGGGCCCAGCGGUGAUCUCCUGGGGGAUCUGUUCAGGAGGCCCGAUAUAGCAUUUGGGAAUCUGUCAUUCGUUUUUGAUCCUUGGAAUGACGACCUGAGUUCGUUGGGGAUCUUGAGAGUUAGCUUCAGAGGUAGAAAGGACAAUACCUCUGAGGAGUUGCAGCUCUAUGCUCUACUGACUCGUGAAGUUGCAGGUGAGAUAGAUAGGUGGAGUAGAAGGGAUGGGGUUGGAUUGCUGAGCUUGAUGAAGAAACUCGAAUUGAAGCUAAUGGGGCCUAAUGUGAUGGGGAACGUUGCUAACUCAUUGAUUGCUAGCAUCGCUAACGCACGAAGAAGCAGGGGAAGGAAUCGUACGUCCAGUACACAACAGAGCAAUGUGUACAUUUGCUAGCAGUCGAAGCAAAUUAGCUGUUGUUAUUUUGUAUAUAAUGAUUUAGUCGGUAGCCUAUUCGUUGACAAGAUUCCGCAUGCAGCUGAAGGAAGCUGUCUCCUGCUCCACAAGGCAAAUUUUUUUGGAUCUGACCUGUGACAGUCUCGUGGCAGAUUUUUGGUUCGUGGAAUCUAAGAGUUGUGGAGGACGAAAAGAUCGGUUAGGAGAAUCCGACAAUUAGGUUCCACAUUGUUUGUUGUAUUACAGGUUCGACGUGGCUCGAUCUCACUGUAGAAAUGUAGUGUAACUUGUUUUGUGUACGAUGGGAAUUUUUUUCUGUAAGAUUUUCCUUUGAAAGAGGUAAAAAGUAUCAUAUCUUUCACUCCUAAGUUGGCCCUUA